UGCUUUUGCUGUGAGCAGCCCCAAGCAGCUGGGCUCUCCAUCACAGGCAACUAUGACUUUUGCAAAGCAAACGUUCAACCCCAAGCAGCGGUCUCCCGGGCCGGGGCUGCGCGGCCGCUGCUGUGUUGGCUUUUAAUGGUGGGAGUGCAUCGUCCUCUGACUCCGCUCUUCCUCUCCAGAAGGCUGUCCUGGGACCCCAGCUCUUCGUCCCGCUCCGGGGCCAGCGGCUCGCCUGCUAUGCGCGGCAGCCCGCGCGGGGGCCGGCACCAGCAGCGCCCGGGCGGAUGCGGCGAGCCCACGGAGGGGCAUGCUUCCACGCACCAAGUACAACCGCUUCAGGAAUGACUCGGUGACAUCGGUCGAUGACCUUCUGCACAGCCUGUCGGUGAGCGGCAGCGGCGGCGGCGGCAAGGUCUCCGCGGCGCGCGCGACCCCGGAGGCGGCCCCUUAUCUGGUGUCCGGCGAAGCCCUGCGCAAAGCGCCCGACGAUGGGCCCGGCAGCCUGGGCCACCUGCUUCACAAGGUGUCCCACCUGAAACUCUCCAGCUCCGGCCUCCGCGGCCUGUCGUCUGCCGCCCGGGAGCGGGCGGGCGCGCGGCUCUCGGGCAGCUGCAGCGCGCCCAGCCUGGCCGCCCCGGACGGCAGCGCGCCCCCGGCGCCCCGCGCCCCGGCCGUGAGCAUGAGCACCGCCAAGAAGGGCCGGCCAGGCGACGAGCCGCUGCCCAGGCCCCCCCGGGGGGCGCCGCACGCCAACGACCAGGUGUUGGGACCCGGAGUCACCUAUGUCGUCAAGUACUUGGGGUGCAUUGAAGUUCUACGCUCCAUGAGGUCUCUCGACUUCAGCACCAGGACACAAAUUACCAGGGAAGCCAUCAGCCGUGUGUGCGAAGCUGUACCCGGUGCCAAAGGAGCCUUCAAGAAGAGAAAGCCUCCGAGCAAAAUGCUGUCCAGCAUCCUGGGAAAGAGCAACCUCCAGUUUGCAGGGAUGAGCAUCUCUCUGACCAUCUCCACCGCCAGCCUGAACCUGCGGACGCCUGACUCCAAACAGAUCAUAGCGAAUCAUCACAUGCAGUCCAUCUCCUUCGCCUCCGGGGGAGAUCCGGACACAACAGACUACGUCGCCUAUGUAGCUAAGGACCCUGUUAAUCGCAGAGCUUGUCACAUUCUGGAAUGCUGUGACGGACUGGCCCAAGACGUCAUUGGCUCCAUUGGCCAAGCCUUUGAGCUGCGGUUUAAGCAGUACCUGCAGUGUCCUUCCAAGAUUCCUGCUCUCCAGGACCGGAUGCAGAGUCUAGAUGAACCCUGGACAGAAGAGGAGGGGGAGGGCCCAGACCACCCAUAUUACAACAGCAUUCCCAGCAAGAUGCCCCCUCCAGGAGGUUUCCUUGAUGCUCGACUGAAAAACAGACCCCAUGCCCCCGACUCGGCCCAGUUUGCAGGAAAAGAGCAAACUUAUUACCAGGGAAGACACUUGGGAGACACAUUUGGCGAAGACUGGCAGCAGACACCUCCCAGGCAAGGGUCCCUGGACAUCUACACUAUGCCAGAAGGGAAAUCACAUGCAGCCCCCAUGGCAGAAGUACCCACCUAUGUCAACACCCAGCACAUCCCACCGCAGGCCUGGCCAGCCGUGGCCAACAGUGCAGAGAGCAGCCCACGGAAAGACCUCUUUGACAUGAAGCCUUUUGAAGAUGCGCUCAGGAACCAGUCCUUGGGACCCGUGUUGAGCAAGGCAGCCUCCGUGGAGUGCAUCAGCCCUGUCUCACCCAGAGCCCCCGAUGCCAAGAUGCUGGAGGAACUGAAUGCUGAGCCUUGGUACCAAGGAGAGAUGAGUAGGAAGGAGGCAGAGGGGCUGCUGGAGAAGGACGGAGACUUCCUGGUCAGAAAGAGCACCACCAACCCAGGCUCCUUCGUCCUCACGGGCAUGCACCACGGCCAGGCCAAGCAUCUGUUGCUAGUGGACCCUGAAGGCACGAUCCGGACGAAGGACAGGGUCUUUGACAGUAUCAGCCACCUCAUCAGCCACCACCUUGAAAGCAGCCUGCCCAUCGUCUCUGCCGGGAGCGAACUCUGCCUCCAGCAGCCAGUGGAGAGGAAACAGUGAGCUGGCCCGGCCCUCUUCCAACGCCUGCACCAGGUCAGGAGGACCUAGGGCGACAGUCUCCUGCUCCAGGAACUGGGGCAGCUGCCUGAGGGCACAGAGCCUUCUUCAAAAGCCGCCAAAGGCAGGUUUCCUUCAAGUUCAAGUUUCAUAAACUUGUUCCCCAUUUCUCAUAUGCAUAUUAAAGGUGUACAUACCUAUACAUCCUGUAUAAAUUAUCCCUCUAUAUUUAUAUUUUUUAAGACUAAGAAAGAUGUAAGACUAAUGUUCUGUGCUGUAUGUUUUUAAUGAAAAA